AUGACGCAGGCGUCAAUCGACCUCGACAUAAACGAUGAAGCCUCCAUAAAAGCCGCUGCCAAAACCGCCGCAACCGGGAUGCUAAAAUACUACACUGGCAACCAACCGGGCGAUGUACCCGGCAACAUCCCAGAUCCAUAUUACUGGUGGGAAGCCGGCGCAAUGUUUGGCGCAAUGGUAGAAUAUUGGUACUACACCGGAGACACAACAUGGAACGAAAUAACAACCCAAGCCUUGCUCUGGCAAGUAGGCGACGAAAACAACUUCAUGCCGCAAAAUCAAACCCUCUCGCUCGGUAAUGACGAUCAAAUAUUCUGGGGCUUUGCUGCUAUGUCCGCCGCCGAACUAAAGUACCCCGAUCCACCGGCUGAUCAACCGCAGUGGCUGGAACUCGCGGAGAAUACCUUCAAUUCGCAGGCGACGCGCUGGGAUAUGGCUACUUGUGGGGGUGGGCUGCAUUGGCAGAUUUUUGAGUAUAAUGGUGGGUAUUCAUAUAAGAAUACCAUUUCAAAUGGGGGUUUCUUUAAUGUUGCUACGCGUUUGGCGCGGUAUACAGGGAAUCAGACGUUCGUCGAGUGGGCAGAUAAAGUCUGGGAUUGGACUGAGGCUUUGGGUUUGAUAAGUGAGGAUUAUCUUAUUCAUGACGGGGCGGAUAGUGAUGGGAAUUGUUCGGAGAUUAAUCUUCUGCAACAUGCAUAUCUGCCUGCUGUUUAUUUGCAUGGAGCUGCGAAUAUGUAUAAUAUCACCAACGGCUCGGAAAUUUGGAAAACUCGCAUUGAAGGUAUCAUCCGCGGAUUGAGAACAUUCUUCCCAAAUGGCGAAGACAUAAUGGUUGAACCAUGCGAAAGAGGCAAAUGCGAUCUAAACUCGAGAUCAUUCAAGUCCUAUCUGGCACGGUUCAUGGCUGCGACUAUCCCCCUGGCCCCAUUCACGGAUGGAUUACUAAAGUUUAAGAUCCGGGGAUCCGCCAAAGCUGCCGCGAAGCAAUGCAAUGGACCUGAUAAUGCUUGCGGGUUGAGGUGGACUGAAGGUACGAAGUAUGAUGGUUCUACUGGCAUCGGCGAGCAAAUGGCUGCGUUGGAGAUCUUCAAGGCAAAUUUGGUGCACACAGUCGAAGCGCCUGUCACGGGGAGGACUGGUGGAACUAGUAAGGGCAAUGUAGCUGGUGAAAGGGGCUCUGGAUCUGGAUCUGGGUCUGGGUCUAGAGAGGAGGAUAUUCGGACGAGGGAGAUUACCACUAGUGAUAAAGCUGGUGCUGGCGUUGUUGCUGCGUUGGCUGUUUUGCUGCCUCUUGGUGGUGCUGUUUUCAUUGUUAUAUUUUCAUAA